GAAAAUUUCUUGGCUUUACUUACUCAGAACAGGAAUUUGGUCUAUCACACGUUGCCCAGCUUGCUUUCCCGGUCUCCAUCGGCUAUUACUAAUUUGCCCAUGCCCAUUCAGCAAUUUCUUGAUGAAUGUUCGCCGUCGGUUGUCACUCCAACUGCCCAAGAAAGGUCUGAGUUUGUAAAAUUCGCUCUUCAUACGUUGGCUGUUGGUUGUAGUCUCGAGGUGGAUCUUUCGGCCCCACUCGAUCUACUUCGCUUACUUCUUACGCAUUCUGCGCCUAUACUCUCAGUUCAGGCUGAUUAG